AGAGAUACAGCAAUUACCGGAUUGGUGGCUGUACAAUAUGUAUCCAUUGAUUCGUCACUCUUUCAUUGUUCAAUUUGUAUAACCGUCAUUUGAAAUCGGAGAAAGAGUCCUCAUGAAAAAGUAUUUGGUUCUGACUAGGAAUUAAGAUAGUAAUUUUCCUCUCGUUGACAGAAGUUAAAAUUAAAAGGAGGAAUAUUAAAAACGUUUGAAAAUGUCAUUUUCUAAAGCACGGAUACAACGAUUUAACGAAUGUGAAAAUGAUGUACCUCCACCAGGGUCCUAUGAUCCGAAGAUUGACAGUAAAGUGAAAGGUUUUGCUAUUGAAAAAUCAGAAAGAUUUCAUGAUAACAAAAGCAUUGGAAGUGCUGAGUACAAUUUAUCAGUAUGCACUAAAAACACCAGUAAUAUAGUAGCCAGUUUUAGAACGCCACAAUUACCACGAAAACAUAAUGGGGAACAAAUUCAGAGAUCCAGCCAGAAGGUAAAACCUCGCGCGCUUAUUUCUGCCAACGACCAAAAAUUAAAAUACAAUUCAGAGCAUCAACUCGCAGACCUUCAAGUAGAAUGUUCUAAUAAAGACAAAACAAUACAAGAGUUGGAAAGACAUGUUGAGGACUUGAAACAAGAAGUGCGAAAGUUAGAAUUGGAACUCGAUGAAUUACAAAACAAGCAAGCGAAAGUGGAAGAGCAACACAGAAAGGAUAUAGAAACAAUGACCAAAUUGCAACAAGAAGUUUUACAUGGCUACGAUGAAAGGCAUCAAACCGAAGUAAAGCAUCUUCGUUGCCAGUUAUCGGAAGUAUCAGAAGAGAAAGAACGCGAAAUCGAAGCAAGGAAAAUUAUGGAAGGCGAUCUUAGGAACCGUAUUGCAGAUUUCUCAAAAAGAAUAGUUGGCUUAGAAUCUGAAUUGGCCGAAAAAAAAUACGCAAAUACACAGAAGGUUCAAACUCUUGAAGCACAAAUCGAAGAAUUAACAACAAAAUUAGAAACGAUAACAGUGAGCCAUAAACAUGAAAUUAAUUUAUUGGAGCAAGAAAAAACCAAACUCAAUUCAUACAUUAGUGAUUUAACCGAUGAAAGCGAUCAAUUGGAGCUGAAGUUACAACAACGACAGAACGUCAUUUUUGAACUACAAGCGCAAUUAUCUACUCUUCAGUGUGAAUUAGAUGAACUAAAAGCGGAAUAUGAAAAUCUCGUCGAAAAUUCUUCGAAGCAAAUGGACAGUGUUAAAUAUAAAUAUCAAGAAGAAAUUGAUAAAUUAAAAAUCAAUUUUGAAGAAGAGAACAUAAUUCUCGUAAAUGAAAAUCAAUUGGAACGAUCGCGUAGAAUAGAAAUUGAAGCUAAAGUAAAAGAUGUUGAAGGGCAAAAUAAAUUCCUUGUAGAAGGAUUGGUAGAAGUUCAAGAACUUUAUAAUAAUGUUCGUAAUUCUUUACACCAUGCGCAACAAGAAUUAGAAGAAUCCAAUGAAAAACAUAAUCUUGUUUUGAACAAGCACAAAGUGGAUUUAGAUUAUAUAAUGAAACGCCAUGAUGAAGAAGCAUUUAAAUUAAAACAGUACCUGGAAAAUGAAAAAUUAAGUUACUUGAAAGAGAUAGAAAAUUCGAUGAUAGCAAAUCAUAAAUAAAUAGCUGAAAUUAAAGAAGCAGCGGUUAGAAAUCUUGAUGAAGAAAAAGAAAAUUCUAAAUUACUUGAAGAAGAACGAAACAAAUGGAAAAGUUUGGAAAAAUCAAUUAUGGAGAAACUUGAGGAAGAAAAAGUCCGUCGAGAAGCAAUUGAAGGAGAAAUGAAAACGCUCUCUAAAUAUAAUCAGCAACUCUUAAAAGAUUAUCAAGAGAUUCAUGAGAAAUAUGAUGAGGCAGUUAGUCAACAUAAUCACCAGCAAAGAAUUAAGCAUGUGUCACAGCUAAAAGAUAAAAUCAAUGAAUUUGAACAGGUGAACGCUAUGUUUAGAGAAGCAAGGAUUACGACAUUAGAUGAAAAACUUGCACAGAAAGAUGUGGAAAUUACGAGACUUUCCGUAACCCUCGAAGCACUAAAGAGUUCCGCAGAAACGCAGGAAAGUUUUGGACAAAGUUUACAAAUGGAAUUAGAUCGAGCUGAAACUGAAUUAGCAGAAAAAAAAGGAGAACUUCGAGCCUUAAAAGAUCAGAUUCGAGCAGAGGCGGCAGAGAUGGUGGCUAGAAGGAAGAGGUUCGAAGUUAUAAUGUCUGAAAAUCAAUCAUCAGUCGCUGCUUUAACUAAACGUUUAUCGCAAAGCAAUGCUGAAGUGGAAAGAUUACAGCAUGAAUUAAAACGUGGCGAAGAUUGUAUCAAUGAACAUCGUGACUUACUAAGUAUCAUGCGUGACAACUCUCAAAUGGUACAUGAACAGGUGCACGUUUUGAUGCAACAGUUAGAUGCUAAAAAGGGAUUGGUUGAUCAAUUCGAAGCUGAAACUUUGAGUGAAGUGGAAACACUAAAAGUUAUAUUUGAAAAUAAAAUCGACGAUUUAAGGAAAAUAGCAACGAUGGAAGUUGCACAAUUACAAGCCGAAAGUGAUUCAAAAACCGCUAAAAAUGUUGUGAUGAAAAAUCAACUUCACGAAAUGGCUAAUCAUCUUGCUGAAGCACAAACCAUGCUACUUAAAUUAGAAGAGAGGAACGAUGUUCAAGAGGUCGAAAUUUCUCGAAUAGAAUUGCUUAACAGCAAACUUAAUGAACAAUUAAACGAACGUGAAAUAGCAAUAGAAGAAAUUAAUAAAUUAUUAAAGCAUCAAUCAAAAAAUCUUGAAGUCAUCAAAGAAGCAAAUUUGAAAAUACAAGAACUUACUGAUAAAAUCGAAAGUCUAGAAGAAAAAGACUGUCACAUGCAGGAGAAUUAUAAAUUACUUGAAGAAGAACGAAACAAAUGGAAAAAUUUUGAAAAAGCAAUUAUAGAGAAACUUGACGAAGAAAAAGUCCGUCGAGAAGCAGUUGAAGGAGAAAUGAAAACGCUCUCUAAAUAUAAUCAGCAACUCUUAAAAGAUUAUCAAGAGAUUCGUGAGAAAUAUGUUGAAGUAGUUGAUCAUCAUAAUCACCAGCAAAGAAUUAAGCAUGUAUCACAGCUGAAAGAUAAAAUCAGUCAACUUGAACAGGACUUACAUGUCAAGAUGAGGACGAUAGAACAACAACAAAAAAUAAUCGAAAAGCUGAAAGCAGAAGAAAAAUGUUCAUAUAGUAAAGGGAAGGAAAACAUGGUAGGAAUCCCAAAGAGUACUCAUACGACUCCCGUUUCUUCUCCUCAUAAACUACUAACUCCGUUAAGGAAUCGGAAUGAGUAA